UAAACUAGUAAAAUACUACAUUUUAAUCCUACCAGAGGUUAAUUUUGAAAUAAGCUUUUAUAUUUUUUCAACGUGUAGUGCAAAUCUUUUAUGGCUACUCAUACCACUUUUUCCCUUUCUUAUGAAGAACCCAAAAUCUCAGAGUCUCAACACGUCAAUGAAUGAAUACUUUAGGAGCAUAACAAUUUGCAUGCAUCGUUUGUUUCUUUAAGAAACAACUGACGGAUCGUCGGGGAAUUCCGGGACCCUAGAGUAAAUAACUCGGGGCCGUUGGAACCUAAGAUUUCCAACAAUUUUCCUGUAUUGUGCAAUCUUGCCGUAUUUGAGUAUCUUCACUGUGAAUGGAAUACCAUUACGUGUCUUGUGAGAACCGUAAGCCUUGUGUUGGUUUAGUAAUGAGAGGAGCUUAAAUUUCAGAAACGAUCCUUCUCGGAACUCAAAAUAUGGCUCUGUUAGGAGGAAAUAUAAUCGUUAGCUUAAUGUACCUACGUUUUAUACCAUUAAAGCUUUACUUUUUCUUGAAAAUAUCCUAUUUUAUCAGUCUCGUGACGUAGAUUUUUCACUUCGACAAAUUCGAACAAGAACAGUUUUUGGAAAGAUUUUUUAUGAAUAGAAAGUGAAAAGCACAAAAAUUUAUCAAAAAUAAAAAAAAGGGUUUUCAUAUGCACAAAUACACUCCUUUGCCAAAACCGGGGUGAGGAAUAAUAAGCACGCACUAGCAAGCUCAUCAGUCUUGUCGACCUUUUCCUAAGGGUUAGGUUUAAAGUCAAUACAACUCACUUCUUCAAAGGAAGUGGGACUUCAUAUCCGUUUUCUCCAGGGCCUGUCAGCUGAUAAUGGUUUUGAACAUGAAUGCUAUUUUUGUAUCAUGAUGAUGGCGCAAUUUUUUAAUCAGAAUGAUGUAUCUACUACGAUACUACUUCUACUACGUUCACUGACUAAAAGUACCCAAUAUUGAGACUAUACUAUAUUUUUGAGAUUAAAGUAAAUGACAUGUUCAGUCACUUGGACAAGGUAAUUUUAAUACUCGAAAUUUGUAUCCAAUAGCCGGUCAAGUGCUAGCCGGAAGAAAAACAAAUCGUUUUGAUGACCUCGUCAUCCAAAAAACGUAUGGCCUUGCCAACUUUGCUUAACCUUGAGCUCUAUAUAUUAUUUAGUUUGUAAUUAAAUACAAACAAGUAGUACAGACAGCGGUACCUUAAUAAUAGGGUUCCGAUUUUAUUUUAUUAGUUUAACUUUUCUACAUAGCUAAAAUUAAAAAUGCUAUUAAUAGAACUAGAAACGAUAACACAGCCUUGUUUUUCACAACGUAAAUUUUGUAUAGUUAGUUUUUAUUUGUCGUAAUUAGUUCGCAAAGUUCUACGGUACUUUGGGCAUAUUUUUUAGUUAUUGAAGGCCGAUAAGCUUUGUUUAUAUAGUGAUAAUUUGUACUAUAUAUUUUGCAGUAUUAACAUUAGUCCUGUAUUGAUUAGUGUCAAAUCAUGAGCUUCAACGACAAGGUGGUUAUUGUGACUGGCGGCAGCUCCGGCAUUGGAGCCGCCAUUGCCAUAGAAUUCUCCGCUGCUGGUGCCAAAGUUUGUAUUACUGGACGCGACAAAAAGAAGCUGGACAACAUCGCGAAGAAAUGCAAGAAUCCAUUAGCCAUAGUCGCAGAUAUAAUUAUCGAAAAUGAUCUUAAGAGGAUUGUCGACGAAACAGUCAAACAUUUCGGGAAACUUGACAUCCUGAUCAACAAUGCUGGGAUGGCAUUACCUGCAAGUAUUUUAUCUGAUAACGCUAUGGAAGUGUAUGAUACAGUGAUGAACACUAACCUACGGUCCACAGUAUACCUCACACAUCUUGCUGCACCUUACUUAAUUGACACAAAAGGUAACAUCGUAAAUAUAUCUAGUAUAUGUGGGUUGACGGUAAUUGCCCAGAACAUUUUUGCCUACAACGUGUCAAAGGCAGCUAUAAACCACUUCACCAGAUCUGUAGCGGCUGAACUAGCUUCAAGUGGUGUUCGAGUUAAUUCUGUAAGCCCUGGACCCGUGAUGACUGAAGCCUUAGAGGAAACAGGCGAGGCUACACUGGAGUUCCUGACGCAACUGACAGCAUUGAAACGUCUUUCAGAAACAAAAGAGGUUGCUGAUUUAGUUUUGUUUUUGGCAAGUGACAAAGCUAAAGGUAUUACCGGUUCGAUGAUUGUUAUGGACAACGGAGCUUUGGUAAAUGCUGAUUAAAACUGAAAUUUGGCUGUUGUGGAAUUUUGUUUCCAAUUUCAACAGAAUUAAUGUGAUGAAAACAUUACAAAACUUAAAAGAAAAACAUUCUAUUAUAUUCUCCAAUUGCUGCUCUAGGUAAUUAUCUGAUAAUCUAAUUAUAUGAUAGUACUGUUAGUGUACUGAAAUGUCUGCCGCAGUUGAUAAUAAACUGAUAAAAUUAUGACACGACCGAUAAUAAACAAAUUGGUAUCAACAUUAUCUUGUUCGAGCUGUAUAGUUAUAUAGUUUCCCUUGUAAAAGCGAGACUGCAAACACCAUGUGUAGUGUUAUUUUGCUUCUACAAUCCUUGCUUCAACUUACUGUAAACUGUAAACUAAACGUACUUGUUGAACAUACUUCGUUCUGACUCUAGAAGCUUCAACUAUUAUCGAAUUGUUUGCGUCGCUUGCCUUUUGUUGUAUUAAAAUAGUUGGGUUUGCAGCUAUUUGAACUGCAUGGUUGUGCACGCUCUUCUGGGUGACUUGAGUUACACGUGACAACUGUUCUGAAAUUUUAAAAUUAAUUGUGAAUGUUUCAGUGUAAUAACAACCAGCACAACUGUGAUUCUUUCCACGGGUUUUUUCAAACUUAACUGUUUCAGAUACUGACGUAAGAUGAAUAGUAAAAAUGUGAAAAGAAAUUCGAAGAAUCAUUUUAGAUAUAAAGAAAAAUAUCUAAGGCUUUAAAAACUAAAAGUGAGUUAUUUGACACACAAAAUGUGCUUCACGUCAUUUUCGCAUAAUGUAAUGUUAUGGAAUAACUUACACCUUGACGAUCGUUAACUAGUCUUGGAAUUUUACACAAAAACUUCUCUCUGCCACUCAAGCCACAAAACUCUAAAGAGGCAGAAGGUUUAGUACUGACCAAAUCAAUUUUGAUCAUAAUAACAAGAAUAACACUAGUCAUACAACCUAGGUUUUAAGAAUCAGCAAACUUGCACAAGAAAAUAUGUUAAAUAGAAAACAAAAUCUGUGUUCAAAAUAAAAUAAAUGAGUUUUUAA